AUGGACACGACGAAAAGCAAAAGCACCAGCGCCCUAAGCAGCGAAAGCGGCACGACGAAUUUGUCAAAAUACCGCGAAAUGGAACAUACUUCGGCGACAAAAAAUGGCGCAGACGGAGAACUGUCCGCCCUCUCACUGAAGAGAAGUAUUCCACCUUUCAGCAGAGAUCGCAUCUACGCGAAUGGCCAGACAAAAGAAACAAAGCUGAUAGAUAGCGCAAACCCCGACUUCGUAGGAAAGGCAAUAGAUACCCAAACUUGUAUCCCUCAAAACAAAAAUAAAAUGACAGAAAUCCCCGAAUUGAGGUUCAUAGAUAAAAUUGAAUAUGACCCAUUUGUCAUCGAAAAGUUAAGGUAUGUUCCAAAACAAGUUACUAAAUAUAAUAUUAUCGAAAAGCCAGUAAUAAAAAACAUCGUGACAGAAAAAAAAGUGGAUGUUCUAUAUGUUCAGGAGAAGAUAAGUUUUAAAGACCAGGAAAUUGUGGAGGAGGUUUAUCACUACGUUGAUAAGGAUAACGAGAGGAUCUUAACUGAUCAGGGAAGACCAUCCCCUAGUGGGGCCGUUUUACCCCUAAGGGGGAUGACUCAGGGGGAGUGUGACUCAUCGACGUUAUGCCCCUACGUAAAUAGCGACAUCAGACGAAAUAGUAUUCAUCAUACCAACAACCAUAAUGAUAACAGGAACAGUAUGGGGGUUGCCUCAGAUGGUGUGUUGCCCCCCCUACUGGAACCAUUCGGACCGCAAGUAAACAUAACAGAAAAUAAGAUAUUCGAAAAUGUGUUCGUACCAAAGGUGGAAAAAGUCGUUGAAGUGAAAAAGAAAAUAGACAUACCGAUCAAUUUACCAGUUCCUUACAUAGUUCCUAAACCGAAAAUCGUAGAUGUAGACAUUCCCGUUUUUAAGUUUAAUGAUAAAUAUGUCCCCGUGCCAGUUCGACAAAGGAUCAUACCAAAGGUUACAUGGACAGAUAGAGUUUACAAAGUCGACUGUGUGGUGGAGAAGCCAUAUCUGGUCUAUCACGACAUAGUAAAAAUUGUGCCAACUGAUACGAAAAUUUCCGUUAGAGAGUACCCAAAGGGAAUAACUAAAAUAAAUCCCGAAGAAUUAUACGAAGUAGAUAAUUUGGCAUUGUGGAUGAGGGUAAAUGCUGACUUGAAAGAAGAAAAGGACGCUUUGAAAAGAACACAAGACAAUUGCUCAGAUCAUACAUGUGAAUGUUCCAACUCGGAUUCGUUUGAGGAAUGCUCUUCCACUUCAGAGUUGAAUUCUUCCCAAGACGGGGCAACUACCAUCAAGUCGUCUAAUGAAAAUGUUCUGGACACGCUUCCCAUCCACCCGGGACACCCCCUCGAGAUUGUUCACUUGCAGAAUAAGUGGAUCAAGCAGGACACAACGAGAAUGCAGGAAUUGUACCAGGAUGGCUUCUUCGACGCACACAGAAAUGCAGUGUUUAACUUGGCCACUCGAAUUCCGCGAGAGGCAGAGAUAGAG